AUGCGUAGUCGAUUCCUAACUUUGACUAUAGAUGCUUUCCCACCGUAUCGAUGUCGGCUUCCAGACACCGGGAUCGAAUUUUCCUUUCGGACUCCAUCAUCGCCAUCAGCCACAACCACACACCAAGGUAAACAUAUCCCAUUCAUCGACCUGUUCACACUUGGGAAAUUCAAAUGGGUUACCAAUCGUGUGUUUUCACUUCAGACCUUAAUAGCGAAAUGGACGACUAUUUUCAACUAUUCAAUAGCAGAAAAUGGUGGAAUCGGCCCAGGUUUUUGUAUCUACACUAGAAAUGGUGGAAUCGGCCCCAGGUUUCCUUUCGAAGGGUUGGAUUGGUUGGAGGCAGCAUCAAGCUUUUUUGAAGACUUACAUACCCUUUCAUGUUAUUUGGCGGUCCCUCUGAAAAUGGCUUUUCUUAGUAGAUUCGGCAAUCCGCUUAAACAAUCAGGAAGCAAUCAUGUCAAUAUGGGAUUAUCUUCUUCAAAUUCACCACUUUUCCAGUCAAUCAGAAGCAUGUCAUCUGCUAAACCCUUCGUAGGAGUGAUUAAAUGCGAUUAA